GGACGGGGGAGCCCCGCGGUGGGGGGGUGUUCCAGGUGUGCCCGGAUGAGGAGCAAAGCGGCGGGGCGGCCCGCAGGUUGGGCAGCCUGCGCUCCCACUGCUUCGGGAAGGAGGAGAGCCUCGGGCGUCCCCGUCUCCCUAGCGCCAUGCCCCAUCCCGCGGAGGGGUGCGCGGCCACCGGCCCUCGGGACCAAUUGGGUGGUCCCUAAAGAAAAAAAAAAAAACCACACAAAAAAACGGGAGGACGUGCUCGUGCAGCGUUUGUGAGCAAGAUGUGGUGCCACGUGACGCCCGAAGGCCAACCCUGAUGCCCGAUCCCCGACACGGUCACCUGGGCGCUCUUCUCUGAGGCUUCGUCCCAAGCAGAUGCAUCACAGGAUGAAUGAAAUGAACCUGAGCCCAGUGGGGAUGGAGCAGCUGGCUUCAUCCUCUGUGAGCAAUGCCUUGCCAGUCUCAGGAAGUCACCUGGGGUUGGCCGCCUCUCCCUCUCACAGUGCCAUCCCUGCCCCAGGUCUUCCAGUGGCAAUUCCAAACCUGGGUCCCUCCUUGAGUUCUCUGCCUUCUGCCUUGUCUCUGAUGCUCCCAAUGGGCAUUGGAGAUCGAGGGGUAAUGUGUGGGUUACCAGAAAGAAACUAUACCCUACCUCCACCACCUUAUCCUCACCUGGAGAGCAGUUACUUCAGAACCAUUCUACCUGGCAUUUUAUCUUAUUUAGCUGACAGACCACCACCUCAGUACAUCCACCCCAACUCUGUAAAUGUUGAUGGUAAUGCUGCGUUAUCUAUCACCAACAACCCUUCCGCGCUAGAUCCCUAUCAGUCCAAUGGAAAUGUUGGAUUGGAGCUAGGCAUUGUUUCAGUAGACUCUCGUUCUCUGAAUACUCAUGGUGCCCAAAGUCUUCACCCUAACGAUGGCCAUGAAGUGGCGUUGGACACAACCAUCACUAUGGAGAACGUUUCUAGGGUUACCAGCCCGAUCUCUACAGAUGGAAUGGCAGAGGAGCUUACAAUGGAUGGUGUUGCAGGCGAGCAUUCCCAGAUCCCAAAUGGCUCCAGAAGUCAUGAAUCUCUCUCCGUGGAUUCUGUGAGCAACAGCCUUCCAACAGACACUGUAGGACAUGGUGGUGUGAUUCCCAUUCAUGGGAGUGGCCUGGAGCUUCCUGUGGUCAUGGAGGCAGACCACAUUGCAAGUCGGGUCAGCGGCAUGUCUGACAGUGCCCUCAGUGACUCCAUCCACACUGUGGCUAUGAGCACCAACUCUGUAAGCGUGGCACUCUCUACCUCACAUAACCUCGCCUCCCUAGAAUCUGUUUCCCUGCAUGAAGUUGGCCUCAGCCUAGAACCUGUGGCUGUCUCCUCUAUCACCCAGGAGGUUGCUAUGGGGACAGGUCAUGUAGAUGUCUCUCCGGACAGUCUGUCUUUUGUGCCACCUUCACUGCAAAUGGAAGACUCCAAUUCAAACAAGGAAAACAUGGCAACCUUGUUUACAAUUUGGUGUACUCUCUGUGACCGAGCUUACCCCUCAGACUGCCCUGACCACGGACCCGUAACUUUUGUUCCUGAUACGCCAAUAGAAAGCAGAGCAAGACUCUCCCUCCCCAAACAGCUUGUUCUCCGCCAGUCAAUUGUGGGAGCAGACGUGGGUGUGUGGACUGCAGAGACCAUUCCUGUGCGGACUUGCUUUGGGCCUCUUAUUGGUCAGCAGAGCCACUCCAUGGAAGUAGCAGAGUGGACAGACAAGGCUGUUAACCAUAUCUGGAAGAUAUACCACAAUGGUGUCCUAGAAUUCUGCAUCAUUACAACUGAUGAAAAUGAAUGUAACUGGAUGAUGUUUGUACGCAAAGCCAGGAACCGGGAAGAACAGAAUUUGGUGGCUUACCCCCAUGAUGGAAAAAUCUAUUUCUGUACUUCACAAGAUAUCCCUCCUGAAAAUGAACUGCUUUUCUAUUAUAGUCGGGAUUAUGCUCAGCAAAUUGGUGUUCCUGAACACCCAGAUGUGCACCUCUGUAACUGUGGCAAAGAGUGCAAUUCCUAUUCAGAGUUCAAAGCUCACCUGACCAGCCACAUCCAUAACCACCUCCCUAGCCAGGGUCAUAGCAGCAGCCACGGACCAAGCCACAACAAAGAAAGAAAGUGGAAGUGUUCGAUGUGCCCCCAGGCGUUCAUCUCUCCUUCCAAGCUCCAUGUCCACUUCAUGGGCCAUAUGGGCAUGAAGCCCCACAAGUGUGACUUCUGUAGCAAGGCUUUUAGUGAUCCAAGCAAUUUGCGGACACACCUCAAGAUACAUACAGGUCAAAAGAACUAUAGGUGUACUUUGUGUGACAAGUCUUUCACCCAGAAGGCUCACCUGGAGUCUCACAUGGUCAUCCACACGGGUGAGAAGAACCUCAAGUGUGAUUACUGUGACAAGCUGUUCAUGCGGAGGCAGGACCUCAAGCAGCAUGUGCUCAUCCACACACAAGAACGCCAGAUCAAGUGUCCCAAGUGUGAUAAACUGUUUUUGAGGACAAAUCACUUAAAGAAACAUCUCAAUUCUCAUGAAGGAAAGCGAGAUUAUGUCUGUGAAAAAUGUACAAAAGCUUACCUAACCAAAUAUCAUCUCACUCGCCACCUGAAAACCUGCAAAGGGCCUACAUCCAGUUCUUCAGCUCAGGAGGAGGAAGAGGAGGAUGACUCUGAGGAGGAGGACCUCGCAGACUCCAUGAGGACAGAUGACUGUAGGGUUAACAGUGCUCUGUACUCAGCAGAUGAGGCUCUGUCUGCACAUAAAUAAGGAGAAGCAGCUGCUUCGGACGGACACGCAGGGGAAGACAGCAGGUGCGCUGCCGUAGCUUGUCUGUCAAGGGCUCUGCGUCCUUCUAGCCAGCCAGAGCGGACUGAAUGCGAAUGGGUAAAGCACUUACUUACAGGGCGGUUUCUGAAGGGAAGCUCUUCAGAAUGGACUGGGAGAAGAGGACGUGUACCCCUUUUAAGUGAUGGAUGGGGAGGAAUGGGUCAGCUUUUAAGGACUUGUUCUCUGUGUGACAGUUUGGGAGGUGCAUCUGUGCCUGAGUGGCCUUCUGUCCAAGCAAGUCAGAUUUAUUGUACAUUAUUCCAUUUUCCCCCAGCCCUGGGACUUGGUAACACCUGCUGUACCCUCUCCUGACCACCUGGGACUUCAGAUAGGUCCUGAGACCCAAAUUUUCAGCACCUGUCGCUCAGAGCAAUGCUGGAGAAAGGAAAAGGAGAUAUACCUGGCUUUGCUGGAAGCCAAAAUAAGUCAUGUCUUCAUUGUUCCAUCCAGAUCCUUCAGGUUUAGUCAUGUCUGUGUCACCACUAAAGCUUCCAGCCAUUCAGAGAGGACCUGGAAGUGUUGGUCCACAUGAUGCCUGUUGGGUAGUCUCCUUUCAACAGGUGCAUGUGGACUAACCUCAGACUGACACCGUGGCCUGUGCUGAGUUUACUGUGAGAAGCAGCCGGGAGCCAUGCCAGCGCCCCAACUCCAGCUGCAGCUCGCAGCUGCAGACGCGCUGCGCUGCCACGCGGUUCGGCCCUCCCAGGUGUUCUGAAGGCCCCACCACGUGAGUUUGGAGGAUGCCAAAGGAUUCAGAAGGUAGAGAAGCUCACUGCUCACCACAUGGGCUGGUUUUCAGGUCCUGGUGAACAGGAAUGCCCAGAUUUGGGCAAAAAACAGUUGUAUCUGAAAUUGACAGGAUUGAUUAAACAUGCCCUCUUGCUUGAAGGCACAACCUCAACUGGAGUGGACAGCUCUGGUGGGAAGGUUUGCUGCUAACGUAUUUAUGGAAUGAAUGUAUUUCGUUUAAAUCUGUAUUCCUCUAGGAAGGAUUAAAAUCAUUGUUUUUUAAAAAA